ACGCUGCUUACGACUGCGACCAAAACAAAAAAUUGAAAAAAUAGUUUAAAUUUAACGGUUUCUUUUGAUGUAUGAUUAGUUCUGUUAUCGAAUAAAUUACACAAAUAUGGCCAGCACAACGUUUGUGGAGAACUGGAACAGUAUUAUUCCGCACAAAAUUAAAGCAUCCGAACUGGAACAUCCAACAGAAUCAUUUGUUUUUCGGAAUUUCAUAAGCUUUCUCAAAAUGAUGAAAUAUAAUGUAACAGAAUUUGAGAAUAUGUACAACGAAUCCAAGGAUUCUGUGUUCCUGAAAAGAACGUCUCUGGUUGCUUAUAUUAACCACUACUAUCAGCUAUGUUUAGGCUCGAAACAGAGUAAUUUUUUCUAUGUGGAUUUAAUCAAACCUUCACCGAAGAAAACUAUGCAUGUACUGAAUAUUCUACUGAAUUAUCUGUUCUACGUAAAUAUGGUGCGUGAUGACACAGUUGAAAGGGCAACUAGUUGUACAGCCAAAUUCCAGGAAUUAACAGCUAAAAUGAAUCAACAGCAGUGCGAACUAGAGAAUCACAAAAUUAAAGUGAACAAUAUUGAGCAAAGCAUUAGUAAGAUGAAAGAUCAACUGCCGCAACUGGAGCGAGAAAAUGAAAAACUUCGUUGUAAGAAGAAACAAAUACAAGAAAAUUUCGCCUCUAUUAAAAAAGCUGAAAGUGAAUUCAUGGAAAAGAUAGGGAAACUAAAGACCGAAUUCACGUUACUCAAGGAAAAGCGUGUGAUCGAUGAGGAUGCGGCUGUUCUCAUCCAGAAAAAUGAAGCUCUUGAAACUGAGAUUGAAGAAAGUGGCAAACAGGAAAAAUCUUUGCAGCUGGCGAACUCGGAGUACAGUACAUUAAUCAGCCAGAUACAGCCAUGCAUACUGGCUCUAGAAGAUAUUCUGCAAAGCCCGCUAGACAGCUCGUUAAAGACUAUCAAACUUGAGGUUGAUACUUUGCAGCUGAACUGUAAUCGACUGGAAAAUGAUUGCACCAAUAAAAGGACCAUCCUGGAAACUUUACUGAAAAAUUGCAGUUCCAUUCGUGACUACAUCGAUAUUAAGCAUAAGGAAUUGACAUCCGAACAAAAAACACGAAAAAAGACUGAAAGGAAAACUGUCACGGAUCUUGACGAAAAACAAAAGCAGCUGACUGAACUCCAGGACCAGAACGAUGUUUAUUUGGACGAGAUUGAAGCUUUGAAGGAAGAAAUGCUCUUGAUUAUGCAUAUGGCCGGAGAUACGAUGAAAUUUUUAAUGCGAGAUCCCGUGAAGCUUUCUCGAAAAGCGCAAUAAACUGUCUUGAUGUUAAAAGAUGUCGUUUCGGAUCAAACAUGUGUACAAAUAUGAAUCAAAAAUAGUAUUAGUUUUCUUGUUUGUCGAAAGUCAUACGUCAUUAAAAAUCCAAAUGAA